CAUCGUUUCCAGUGGAGACUGGCACAUCACGCAGCGCCACGGCCGCUCCGCUGUGUGUUUGGUGCGGACCGCUGAAACUUCCCCUGCGCAGGGACACGGAGAGGCGGACAGAUCCAUCCAGCUCGUCCCACACAGAGGAUUGAAUUCACGCUUUUCUUUUUCCUUCUUUCUCUCUUCCCGUCCCCCCCUCCCCUUCUUCUCUCUCCUCCCUCCUCCUCCGGUUUCGUGUUACAAAGCCUUGGGAGGGAGUUGCGCGGAGAGCCAGUUUCUCUGUGUGGAAACUGAAUGACAGGAUCAUAUGGCUCGAUUCGCCUCACAGCCGAAAAAACAGAGAAAACCAUAACAGAGGCGAGAAGUGAGACACAGAGGGAGACUUCAAGAGAGACUGAUGAGGAUGUGGAAUAAUUUCUAACUCCGAUUGAGAGCGAACCAGCCCGAGAUAACGGAAAGAAGAAGGAUAGUGGAUGUGUCGGGGAGAGGAGAGCGCAGGACGCGUCGCCUGGAAUCAUCCCCACCAUCACAGUAAUAAUAAGCCCAAUGUGACCUUCAUCUGAGUUGCGUGCCUCCAUUCAACAUUCACGAGGAAGACAGAAGCGAAAAACAACUACUGAAGAGGAGAUUAAGAAGAAAGCACAGAGAGGCGCGAGGGAGGAGAAGAGAAAAACAAGCUGCCAGGACCCCCACUACUCUCUCUAGUGGCUCUGAUCAACUGAUUGAUCCCUCGAUCCAUCACUCCACCCCAGUUCCGACAAAUGGGAACUAUCAUGGGAGGGAUGAAGUUCUUGCUUGUGGUGAUUCUGAUUGGAUGGGAGAAGGCGAUGGGUCUCAACUGGAACCCAAUGCCGCGCAAGACUGUUCGAUACCAAGAUGUGCUGGACAGCAUGGCGAGGUUCAGCAUCCAGGGAGUGUUCAACUACAGCAUGCUGACUCUGUCCGACCAUGAGAGGGUCCUGUACGUCGGAGCACGGGAGGCAUUGUUCGCCCUGGACCCCAACGACAUUAGCAGGCAGCUACGACCACAGAUCGACUGGCCGGCUCCGCAGGAUAAGAAGAGAGAGUGUGUUACCAAGGGGAAGAACAACCAGACCGAGUGCUUCAACUACAUCCGCUUCCUGCAGAGCUACAACCACACAUACCUCUACACCUGUGGCACAUACGCCUUCCAGCCCAAAUGUACUUAUGUGAAUGCAGACUUUUUUACCCUCAACAUUGCAGCUCUUGAAGAUGGGAAGGGUAAAUGCCCAUAUGACCCUGCCAAGGGGCACACUGGCCUGAUAGUGGAUAAGGAGCUGUACUCUGCAACGCUGAACAACUUCCUGGGUACAGAGCCUGUCAUUCUGAGGAACCUGGGCCUGCAGCACUAUAGCAUGAAGAGCGAGUACUUACCUGCCUGGCUCAAUGAGCCAGACUUUGUGGGUUCUGCCCUGGUGAGGGAGAGCAGCGGCAGUAAAGAGGGCGACGACGACAAGAUCUACUUUUUCUUCAGUGAGCGAGCGUUGGAGCUGGACUGCGACACGGAGCUCAAUGUGGCCAGAGUUGCCCGCGUCUGCAAGGGGGAUCUGGGUGGUACCAGGACCCUGCAGAAGAAGUGGACCACCUUCCAGAAAGCCCGGCUGGAGUGCUCCCUCCCAGAGCGUCACAUCUCUUUCAACAACCUGAGGGCCGUCUUCACGCUGCCGGGGCAGGACUGGCGAGGAACCACCUUCUACGGCAUCUUCCACGCACAGUGGGGAGACGUAGAUGUGUCGGCUGUGUGCCAGUACCAGGUCGGUGAUGUGAAGAAAGUGUUUGAAGGAUCCUACAAGGAGUACAGGGAGGCCUCUCAGAGGUGGGGGCGCUACACCGGUGCUGUCCCUGUCCCACGGCCUGGAUCGUGUAUAACUAACUCAGACAGGGAGAACGGCUACAACAGCUCACUGCAGCUGCCCGAUGCCACGCUCAACUUUGCCAAGAAGCACCCACUGAUGGAGGACAAAGCUCUGGCGCGCCCCCUGCUGCUCACCAAGGGCGUCAACUUCACCAGGCUGGCAGUGGAUCGGGUUAGCGCCCUGGACCAGCGGUCGUACAACAUGCUCUUCAUUGGCACAGCGGAGGGCUGGCUGCAGAGAGUGGUGAUCAUCGGCUCCGAGGCCCAUGUGAUCGAGGAGAUCCAGCUGUUUGAGACAGGACAGCCGGUGGACAGCCUGACCAUCUCCCACUCCAAGAAGUACUUGUAUAUCGGCUCUCGGUCUGAAGUUCUCCAGCUGCCCUUGGCCAACUGCAGCCGCUAUCAGUCACAGCCAGACUGUCUUCUCGCCCGGGAUCCUUACUGCGCCUGGGACAGUGAGGGUCGGGCCUGCGUCCGCAUCGACCUCCAUCGCAGCUCCCCCUCCUCCCUGUCACAGGACCUCUUGCUGGAAAGGUUCAGCCGGGGAAAAACCAAGUUCGAUAAGCCUGUUUCCAUCCCCAGCCCCGAGCACUCCCGUCUGAGGAACGUAACAGUGGUGGUGGGCUCUGACAUGGUGCUGCCUUGCCAGCUGGUCUCCAACCUGGCUCAGCCCUACUGGGUUCUCAAUGACCGUGAGCUCCAGCUGGGAGACCCAGAGGCUGGAGGGCCACGCUUUGACCGUACCCUCAAAGCCCUCGUCAUCCCCGAAGCGGGCCAGAUGCAAGCCGGCCGCUACAUCUGCUACUCUGAAGAGCAGGGAGUCAAGUUUCAGACAGAGCGCUACCAGGUGGCCGUCGUCGCCAGUGCCCCGGUCUUCAUGGAGGCGCGGGCUCCAGACAGCAGCAUGGGGCUAUUCUGGGUGCUGGUCAUCACCCUCGGAGUGGCGUGCCUGCUGCUCCUUGUAGCAGCUCUUUACCUGCGUAGGAGGCUGAAGCUGGCGCUAGGAAAAGGAGCAGACAUGAAGCCUCUUGAGAGCACCCUGGUGUAUCCCAUCACUCUGCCCAAGGAGCCACCCACCUUUGUGCCGAGCAAGAUGCCCAGCGACGAGGACCGCUUCUGGGAAACAGGCGCCAACUACUACUACUCGGACGGCUCACUGAAGAUCGUUCCCGGUCACGCCCUGGCGCCCAACAGUGUCAGCAGUACGGCGUCGCCCAGCGCCAUUCCCGGCCAGCCCAUUCACUCCCCCAGCCGUCUCAGCCUUACCAAUAUCCGAGGCUCUGGUAGCAACGGCUACAUCCGCCUCAACCUGAGCACAGCAGGGGAGGAGAGGGCUAGCGGAGCUGGCGCUGGGGGCGGCGCGCUGGGAGGCCUCGGCAUGAGCGGGAACGACUACUCCAGCCCCUUCAAGGAAGAGCUGAGACGCACCCUGCAACAGAGAAGCGUGCUGCCCGACGCAAACCCAGAGGAGUCGUCCGUCUAGGCCCGUCCUCCUCUGUCUUCAUUCCCUGAGUUGGAAAAACAAAACAACCAACCUACCUCCCUCCUUGUGAGGAUGCCUGCUCUCUCUCUCUUUCAUCGACAAGCUGUCAAUUCCCCAUGCUCUCUCUCUCGCUCCGCCGAUGCCCGUUUGGUUCACUGUAGACUUUUAGAGCGCACAGCAUGUUAAUUAUACGCACUCAUACAUUGUGUUUGCCAAAACUCUCUCCUGUAAUUAUUGUGUUCUGGGCAGCAUCACCACUUGUGUAAAUUGUGUAUGUAAAAAGCCUGAACGCAAAGGAGAGCACCUCACGAAUGGAAAUCAAACAAAUGGUGUUCCGUGUUUUCUGAAGGGCACAUUUCUUUUUACGUUGAGCGGACCAAGUGAGGCUUUUAGUCCCCAGUUGAUGAACAGAAAACGCAACUGACUGGAAACAUUAAACUGAUUCUCUUUCCCUCUUUUCCUUUGAGACUGUUUCAGCUUACUGCACUUAUAAACUGGAAGCACGUUUUCCGUUUUUGUAUUCGUGAGCCAUGAGCGUGAGAGCGGUAUAAAAAGACUAAUUAAUCUCGAAGCAAGUCGACAAUCAUGUCCCUUCAGCGGGAGCCCUGCACGGGACAGAGAGGAGAGGAGAGAGAGCAAGAGACAAAGAGAGAGGAAAUUAAACGGAAAAUUAAGAGAAUCGUAGCGAAGGCGCAUUGAGGUUUUUUUUUUCGAAGGAAAGACAAUCUCUCAAGACUUUCUCUGCUCAAUUUGUGAGCUUUCUCCCGCAUUGUAUUUACCCACGGAGGGAGUGCUCGAUCCCUUCCACUUUAAUUUGUUGUGAUGGUUGGUUUGAACGAAGACAUUUCUUGUUGUUCUUUACUCGUUCCUUUUCUAUGUCUUAUGGACUACAGCAGUGUUCAGAUGAUUGUCAAGUGACUGAUGCCCCCCACCCCUGUGAUUGACUAUGUGAGGGCAAGCACUUACAUUCCUAGUUCGGCCCUGCACGGUGACCCCCUACUGCACGUUCAAGUCCAGCAUACUACAAGUUCACUCCAAAUUACAUUUGCACACUGUACAACUGACAUGUGUUUAGGUUGGGCUGUUAUGGACGUUUACUCUCCUUAAAGAAUAAGAAGAGGCUGUUUGCAUUCGGCUCUUAACAGCGGAACAAUAAUUGCGCACUUAAUUUCAAAUUGAAGUUGACAUGAAGACAUGACGCAUGGAGAAUGUAGUUGAACCCUCACUGUUGCGACCGCUGUGGAUGUCCCAAUAAGUGCUUUAUAUCUUCUGUGUUUGGUGAGGGUGGUAAUUUACACUGCCAAGAAGGAAACUACCCCUCCCACACACACACACAAACACGUUUUACACACACUCACAGUCCUAUGAAUGCCAAUCAUCCUGGACUACAGUGUGUUUGUGAUGCCCCCCUCAUGGAACCCCUCCCUCUUACCGAUGCCCAGAGACUGACCCAGGGCCACUGUGGACUCAUACAGAGGAAGAGCACUGUAAAACACACCAACACUAAAAGAACAGAUACACACAGUGUCAAUGGAAGAAUGGACAGACAGACAAACAGACAGAAUGCUGCUGCGCUGAAAAACUACUGGCUCCAGGCGGAAAGCAGCCAUUUCCCUGUGACAGGGGUGGCUAAUGUGUAUUUUGGGACGUGACUGUUUGGACCAGAGGAGCACAGCAAGAAGGAAGGAGAGGACAAAACUACUCUGUUUUGUCCCACUGUGUACAGAUCGCUGAGAAAGAUGUAGAAUAUCAAACAUGAUCCAAAUGUCAUGGAGCUACUCAGCCAUCAGCUCUCCAUCCUUGCGUUGCAUGAUCCUCUGCAAGUGGACUGUACGUCUUUGAUAUGAUCAUCCUUGUACAAGUGCAUCAUUUUGACUGAUCAUUUUUCUGACUUUUACAGACACUAAUAUUGUGGAACACUAAUGCUGUCUUUGAAAAGAAAACACAAAUAAAAUAUGUCUGAUUUGAAUGGUUCAAGGGUUGUACAGGAAUAUUCAUGGCUGCAUUUCAACUUGUUUACUUUUUCUGUGCCUGUUCACCUUUUGAAAUAAGCCAAAGUAGACUGCAGUUGCUUUUGUUCUUGUUGAAGUACUUUAAAUUAUCUUAUUUGAUUCCUGAUCGAUAUUUAAAUCUCAGCAGUCCGUCCACUUUGCUACACUGAGCUGAUUUCCGCAAUGUUUUCUUCACAUUUUUUUGAGCAGCAAAUUUCCCCCUCAAGCAAAACACAAUGACGGCUUGAUGCUGACUGACUUCCUGUUUUUUUUUCUGUUUACAGUACAGUGAGUAGUGAUCUGCUGGAUCUGAUUCUUGAUGCCCUCACUUUUAUCAAAGGCUGAAUAAUGUACCAAAACUUACCCCUUAUUUAAUUUGUCAGCUCCUGUAAAACCAAAUAAGUAAAUGCUGAUCAGUGCUUAACUGAGCCCACUUUAUAGUAUUAAUUUCCCUGAGGCAGAAAGAUAAAAACAAAUUGCUCUUUACACUGGUAGUUAUGUCUUAAUAGAUUCUCCUUUUACAAUUAGGCUUUAACUUUAAUUUAACAUGUUGCAAAAACUAAAGAAAAUGAAAACAGGCAUCGGGCUUGAAAACAAAUGCUUAUAUAAUGCACUUUAGGUGCAUUUCCUAAGUUCUUACUCAUUUGUUUGCUCAUAACAUUUCUUUCACAUGAGGCUUUAAGUUCUGCUGUUUUUCUCACGUUAUUAUUUGUAUUAUUUUAUUAUCAGCCCGGUUUGAUUUUGCCCCAUUUGUUGCUGGUCCGUUAGUGAUCUUUUAUGUUUGUUUUUAAACUAUGUUAAGUAACUUAUUUCACUUGUACAAACAUGUUGAUAUUUAUUAUCAUUGUACAUAUGUCCUUAUUUUUUAUAUGUGUAUAUAUACACAAAUAAAAAUAGAGAUAUAC